AGAUCCCAAAAGGAAGAGUUCGAAGAACGUCCAUUGUUGAGAAGUUGUCCAAGUCCAAGGAAUCGGAACUCAUUGCUUUAUCGAUUCUGGAGAAUGCUGGCCAGCGACAAAGAGAAUUUGAGAAAUUGAUCAGCGAACACCAGGAGCUUGUACAUGAAAUCAGUCGCACACCCAGCGCAGAAAAUAUUGUACAGAGCGAUACAGGGAGAGACCCCUAG